GCCAGCCCCGGGGCCCCGCUGCCUCCCUCCCUCCGGGAACCGCGGCGCCGGAGCUACUGACCUGCGGGGUCGGAGGGGUCUGCCUUGGGCUGGAGGCGGUGCGAGGGCGGCGGCUGCGGAGGCAGGAAGGGGUUGUUCAGCCCGAAGCUGUUGGGCUCCUCCACGACCUUCAUCUUCCCUCCGGCGACCGGCCCCGCCGCCAGAAGAAGCAGCAGCAGCAGCAGCGGCCUCCCGCUCCUCCUCUUCUUCCUCGCCGCUGCCAUCUUGCUCCGCCGGAAGUGGCCGAGGUUCUUCUUCCGGUUGGCCUCCGACCCGGAAGCGCGAGGAGGGCAGCGGCGAGGCGGCGAUGGGUCGCCAGCGGAGGAGGGCUGCGAGGAGGAGGCCGAGGGCCGGGCCGGCAGAAGGGGAAGGCGAAGGCGAGCCUCGGCGCAGAGGGGCCUCGGAGGAGGAGGAGGAGGCGGCGCGAAGGCUGAGCCCGGAUAGCUCUCUGUCUCCCGCAGCCUCCCUGGAGCCGGAGCCGGGCGCUGGCGGGGCCCCGUCUCCCGCUGCCCCUCCGCGCCUCUUCCUGUGGGAGCUGGGCCAGUGCGAUCGCCGGCGCUGCACCGGGCGGAGGCUGGCGCGGAAGGGGCUGGCGCGGACGCUGCCUCUCGGGAGGCGCUUCGGGGGCCUGGUCCUCAGCCCCGCCGCCCACCGACGCCUCUCCCCCGCCGACAGGGAGACGGUGGCCCAGAGCGGAGUGGCCGCCAUCGACUGUUCGUGGGCCAAGUUGGACCAGACGCCAUUGAGCAAGACGAAGGGAGGCUGCCUGCGGCUGCUGCCCUUCUUGGUGGCUGCAAACCCUGUGAAUUAUGGCCGGCCCUGGAAGCUCUCCUGCGUGGAAGCCUUUGCUGCCGCUCUCUGCAUUGUGGGAUUCUCUGAUUUUGCCACAGUUCUUUUGCACAAAUUUAAGUGGGGAGAAGCGUUCCUUGAUCUGAAUAGAGAUCUCCUAGAGAAAUACGCUGCCUGUGCCAAUGAAGAGGAAGUGCUGAAAGUAGAGAGAGAAUUUUUGGCUCAUGCACAAGAAAAGGAAGAAUUGGAAAUGGACCCCUUUGAUGUUGACUCUGGGGUGGAGUUUUCUAAUCCCAACAGGCCAGUUGGAGUUUCACAACGGAUUAACGAAGAUGAAAGUUCGGAGGAAGAAACAUCAGGAGAUGAGGAUGAAAAGAGCAACAGCAGCGACAGCAGCACUCCUGAGGAUUUGAAUGCCCCCAGCGCUGUUCCCAGCAAGCCGGCUGCACAGGAGGCCAUGGAAGACAUAGUGACUCUCCGGCCCUAAGACUUGUCAGUGCUUUGGCAAAAACACACUUAGAAUUAACCUUGUUUCCACUCCCAACCACGGAAAGAGGAGCCAUUCAUCGGCUACGGGCUUUUGUCAGUCACCUUCCCCAUCCAGCGAGUGGCUUUUUGGCUCACACUUGGACUGGGCUUGCCUAGUAAAUUCCUCUACUGCAACA